CCAAACUAGUUUGUUGCUCCGCUGUUAAAAUGCGAAGUACGAGGAGAAGCGCGUUGAACUGUGUUGUACAUCAGGUCAUUGACUGACAGGUGAACAAUGGUUUCUGUUCUUACGUCAGUGAGUUUGUUACUUUCGUUUGACGUUUUACAACUGUAACGAGUAAGAAAGAGGAAAACAGAAGUAGAAGGGCUGAGAAUUGUGUUAUUAUAUUGUUUUCUCACGAUUAAAAAUACUGUGAAAGGAGCACAGUAAAUCGUGUUCUGUGGGUCAGUGCGUGACUGUUUGCUGUCCUGGUGGAGAAACUGCAGGUCAGUGGGACUGAGGCGCCUCCAAGAGGGCGAGAGGUCAGUUAGUAGGUCGGACAAUAACCGUCACCUAAACCACCAUUCAAAACAUACAAAACGUCCAGUUGUCUACCGUAAUGAAAACAAGCAGCCCUAAGAAAAGCAUUGGCCGGAACACGAAGACAAAAAUGACUUUAUCUUGUCAUGAAACAACUCAACUCAAAUGAAAGAGAUGUGCUGUCACGCUGACCCGCCCACUCUAACUCAGCCCUGCCUCUCUUGUUAUGUCGCUAACUUGUCACGAUGACCCUCCUUUAUGUGUCAUCAUAGCUGGCGACAGUUUCGUUUUGUAGAUGUUUCACUGACUUUAAUCUGAGGUGUGCUUCGGUUGUCACCGAUCUCUUGAAUAUACGUGCUUUUAUCACUUGUUUAGAUGUUAAAAUAUCAAUAUUGAGUGACUGUACGAGUCACGAUGAACUCAUGACCACCGCUUGGAGAGCCAACAUGGAGUGAAUAUACCUGUAAUGCCACUUUGAAAGUGGAGUGUUUCACCAGUCGCACCACCCUGAGCGUGAAACUGUCCAGCCUGCAGGGGGAGCUGGUCGGAAUGGGCAUGUGGUCGUUGGGUCUGGGCGCAGUGGGAGCCGCCAUAGCUGGGAUCUUAUUGGCCAACACGGAUCUGUGUCUCCCUAAAGUGGCCACUGCGCCGCUGGAAUAUCUGGAAGAUGCCGACCUGCGCCCCAUUGUGGACGCAGGUGAGGUCAUCAAAGCCAAGACUCUCUGGGAGAAGAGCGGCGCCGUGGUCAUGGCGGUGCGGCGGCCUGGAUGAUUUCUGUGCAGAGAGGAAGCCGCUGAGCUGUCCUCUCUGAAGCCCCAGCUGGAAGAGCUCGGGGUCCCUCUGCUCGCUGUGGUCAAAGAGAACAUCGGCACAGAGAUCCAGGACUUCAGACCGCACUUCGCUGGAGACAUUUAUGUAGAUGAAAAGAAACACUUCUAUGGGCCUCUGGAGAGGAAGAUGGGCGGCUUGGGCUUCAUCCGCCUGGGGGUGUGGCAGAACUUCAUUCGGGCCUGGAGGUCCGGCUACCAGGGCAACAUGAACGGAGAGGGCUUCAUCCUGGGAGGGGUGUUUGUCAUCGGCGCUGGAGAUCAGGGAAUUCUACUUGAACACCGGGAGAAAGAGUUCGGCAACAAAGUUGAGAAGUCGGCCGUUCUGGAGGCAGCCAAGAAAAUAGUGCCUCAGAAAUAGCUCCGUUUUGUGAGGGGAGUUACUGGGGCAUUAGAAAGCAGCACUUUGGAGCAAGAACCUAGUUGUUGACUGGGCACAGCACUGCACACCCUUCCCCGAACAUCCCUGAAUACCUCCGUCCUGCGGUCACACCUGUGAAAUAAGCCAUGAACACGACCAACAGGACUGGUGUCUCUCUCUUUACCUCGGAACAUUCAGGUGGUGAAUUAUUUAGUCACUCAAAAAACAGAUAUGCUGAGUCAUGUUUCGACACGUCCUUGACCGUGAAAUUUGUGCCUCGUCCUGCUGCACAUGCAACAUGGUGGAAACAAGUGUGACAUGAGUGUGUGCGUGCGAUAAUGACAACUUGACUCUAAACUCUGGCCUGAGAGGAGCAGGUUUGAUGCUCCAACACACAAACAUGUCGCGCUGUUGUCACGGUGUUAGUGCAUGCGCGCGGACUGAGGCAGCUGAUGUUGUACAACUGUAUAUUUAAGUCUCAGUGAGUAAAAUCUUGACCACAA